AUAGCGGCUGGCUGCCUGCCGGCCAAAAUAGCUGCCUCCCUUUGACGCUGUGCGUACACUGUGAACGUAUUCGGCUUCAUUGGAGGCGUGCGUGUGCUAGGAAGUAUCUGGUUUGCGAGUUGACGUCGCGGCCACACCUCCAGCCUUUUAACAACACAAGUUAGCUCUAAGCAAAGCAACACAGCCACCCAACCAUGGCGUACCAGACGCCCGACUCGAAGAAGGAGGAGUUCCGCAAGUGCGCUCUCGGCGUCCCGCGGUGCUGCGGCGCCUUCACGCCGUCGACGCGACUCGUGUCCAUCUUGGCCGUUCGGACGCGAUGCUCCGCGCAGGUACCUCGAGAAGAGCGGUGUGAUCGACGCGCUGACGAAGGUGCUCGUCGGCCUCUACGAGGAGCCCGAGCGGCCGCCGAACGCCGUCGACUACAUCAAGAGGUACAUGGGGGCGCCGACGGGGAUUGAUGUGGACGCGCUGCGGCAGGAGAACGAAGAUCUCAAAAAGGAGCGCGAGGAACUGCGCUCGACGAUCGACGAGCUGAACACGCGGCUGACGCAGGGCGCGGAGGAGGAGGACUAGUCGUGUCCCACGCCCCUCAGUUUUGUAACACCCGUUUUCUUAUAUC